GAGCAGCUGCUGCGGCCUUGGGGAGUGGUUGACAUCUGGCGUCUCCUAGGGCCGAGGGGACCUCGUGCGAGCGGCUGCCAGGGCCUUGCGUCCGCCGCGCCACCUCCUGCUAACGCUUUCCCCUUCGGCGUCCGCCAUGGCAGGGCGUCCGUUCGCCGCCAGCCUCUCGGCUCGCCGGGGCCCCUGCUCCCCGGAGCGAUGAGGCGGUAGUGGCGCCCCGAGGCCCGCUCCUCCGGCGACUCGAUCGUCCUGACCCGGGGCAGGUCUGCGGAUCGGUCUCUCCGCGGUCCGCCCCCGCACCGCCCAGUCCCGCCCCCCUGGGAGCGCUGCCCUCGGGCGCCCGCCGCCCAAUGCCGUCCAGCCGCUCCGCCGCUCGCCGCUGAGCCCGCGCCCACCCUCCAGCUCUCAAAAUGUGGCACAACGUGGGGCUGACCCUGCUGGUGUUCGUGGCCACGCUGCUGAUCGUCUUGCUGCUGAUGGUGUGCGGUUGGUAUUUUGUAUGGCAUCUCUUUUUAUCUAAAUUCAAGUUUCUACGGGAGCUGGUGGGAGACACAGGAUCUCAGGAAGGAGACCAUGAGCAGCCUUCAGGAUCUGAGACAGAAGAAGACCCUUCAGCUUCGCCACAUAGGAUCAGAUCUGCUCGCCAACGAAGGGCACCUGCUGACGAAGGCCACUGACCAGAGACACACUUUUCUAGAAUAUGCUCUAAAAGCAGUUAGGAGCCUCUGUCCUAAGGGACCUGGCUUUGAAAGUUACUAAGUGACUGAGGAAUAUUUGCAAUUGGAUUUAUAUCCAGUUUAAAAAAAAAAAAAAGAUUUACAUGUAAGCCAUAUAGAAAUAAAGGGAAUUUAAACCAAAUUGGACCAUAUAGAUUCCGUCCUGGAUAUUUUGCUGGGUGUACUUAACACUUAUUCUCUGCCUCUUGGGCUUCCCUCC